GUGCUCGCUCACCGGACACUCUCCUGGCUCUUAUUCCACUAGCCUCAAAUCAGACCGCAUGUCUGACCCAGGGUCGGCCUGCUGCCGGGAGCAAACUGCAGUCGUCCCCCCGAUCCCCCGCAGAUGGAUGCUGCCCUGUCGUAGCGGAGGAGGAGGAGGAGGAGGAAGACAAUCGCCUGAUAUUUAUUUUUCGGCUUCCUCGCUGUCAGCCUGCAGCCUAUUGGAUAGGCAGGAGCGGUUUGGCCCUUUCUUUAUUAUAGUGACAAGAUCCCCGCGGUUAGCUAUGUGAAGAGCAGAUCGCCUUGUACCCUUUCGUCUCGUGAUCCUGUCGAAUAAUUAUGAACAACGCGCAAGAUAUGUCGCCCGAUUUUGUGUUGAUGCGCCUGGUUUCCGCGGCCGAGGAUGACCGCUUGGACGCAGAAAACGGGAAUCUUCCACCGGGAGGAGUGGUGGCGGGGCUGGGGAAGGAGGUGCGGGCUCACAGCGGCGUCAAAGCGGGCUUGGACAUCAGCCGAGAUCCGCCGGCGGGCCUGGAGCAUCCCGGCGGCCACCUGAACAAAGCCGGGGCGGGGGGCGGCUCUCGGCCGGCCGCGGCUGACCCCGGGGGGCCGGAGGGCCGGGGCCGGGGCCGGGCCAGCCCCCCGCAGCACACCUCCGUGGAGGCCCAGGGCUUCGACUUCAGCCCCGGCGCCGGCCUGCGGCCUCAGCUGCUCGUCUUCUCCAACAUCAUGCGGAACGGGGAGGUUUUAGACCUAGACCGUCUGAAUAAGCCGAGGGAUGUGGAGCAGAGCCCGGGAUCUGGCCAGGGCUCCGGGGCCACGGACAACAACAACAGUGUUGGUGUGACAGACGCGCAGCAGCAGCAGCAGCAGCAUCAGCAUCAGCAUCAGCAUCAGCAUCAGCAUCAGCAUCAGCAUCCCCAGCAUCAGCACCAGCCCCAGCAUCAGCAGCAGCAUCAGCCCCUGCAGGAUCCAGACCCCACCGGCUCUGCGGAGGCGCAGGGCGCCGCAGAGCAGCGGCUCAUCCCCCCGCCCGAGUGGCCCGGGCUGCCGGGGGGCUCCAGCCCGCUCACCGUGCUCAACUCCCCGUGGGGCUGCGGGGCCGCGGACCGGGAGGGGGCCGUGUUCGAGUUGGCCCGCCGGUUCCGGGAGCUGGGGGUCGGGGCCGUCCCCAAGAUGCUGUUCAAGGCGGGGGAGCUCCCGCAGUGCUCAUGCCAGGGCUCGGCCGGGGGCCGGGGGCCGCCCGGGGACGACCCCACCGAGACCAGCGACGCGCUGCUGGUGCUGGAGGGGCUGGGCAGCGGCGUGCACGGCCUGGCCCUGGACGGGUGUCCCGGGGACGGGUGUCCCGGGGGCGGGUGUCCCGGGGACGGGUGUCCCGGGGGCGGGUGUCCCGGGGACGGGCCGGAGGAGGAGCAGCGGCGCCGGGAGUUCCUGCUGCACAGGAAGAGGGAGGUGGUGACCAAGAUGUCCGGGGCUUUCGCCAUCAGCAGCUUCCAGGUGGAGGUGAGGAGGCAGGUGGAGGAGGUGGGACCCGGACCUGGACCUGGAUCAUCUGGACCGGGGCCCGGGCCGGCCGAGCCGGGCGCAGCGGCGAGCCUGCAGGGCGCACAGGUGUGCACGCUCCACGGGGACACGGCCAGCCGGCUGUCCCAGGCCGCCCACGGCCCCAGCAAGUUCCCGGGCCCCGUCCAGGACUCGCCUGGCCCCUGGGCCACCAGCCCGGCCCUGAGCCAGGCCUCCACCCCCCGGAGGAGGCCGGAGCGCUGCGCCAGCGCGCCCCGCACGCCCACCGGCCACGCCCCCGGGGCCCCCGGGCCCGAGAAGACGCUCAAAGUGCCCGGGAAGUCCAAAAAGGGCUCGCUCAAGAUCCGCCUGAGCAAACUGUUCCGGACUAAGAGCUGCAGCGGCUCCAGCCACCUCCUGGACAAGAGGCCCUCGGUCACAUACUCGGUGUCCUCUGCGGGGAGUCUGGUGGACAUGGGGGGCGGAGCGGGGGCCGAGCAGGACGCGGACAGCCACAGCCAGCCCAGACUGACCCGGGCCCAAAGUGCCUUCUCCCCUGCAUCCCUCUCUGCUUCCCUCUCUACUUUCACUGGUGAGACUGUUUCUCUGGUGGACGUGGAUAUUUCGCGGCGGGGGACGAUCACGCCACACCCUCCCACUCCUCCCCCUCCUCCACGUCGAAGUCUCAGCCUCUUAGAUGACAUAGCCGGGCCUCAGCCCGGGUCUUUCCUAGUGAGCGUGAUGGGGGCGUCCCUGCAGUCCCUCCCCCUGCCUCUCCCACCUCCUCCUCCUCCCUCCCACACCACUAUCCAGCACAGUCUCAGCCUCAAUGACGCUUUUCUCCGGGCCCUUCCUCACUCGAACCCGUCGGCGGCGGACGCCCUGCCCCCGAGCAGACAGGCCCCGGCCCCGGUGCUGUGUGCCCUCCGCCGGUCUGAGGCCAGCAACUUCACCGCCAGUCUGAGGGAGCUGGAGAAGUGCGGCUGGUACUGGGGUCCUAUGAACUGGGAAGACGCAGAGAUGAAGCUGAAGGGGAAACCGGACGGAUCCUUCCUGGUCCGAGACAGUUCAGACCCUCGAUACAUCCUGAGCCUGAGUUUCAGAUCGCAGGGAGUCACGCAUCACACUCGCAUGGAGCACUAUAGAGGGACCUUCAGCUUGUGGUGUCACCCAAAGUUUGAGGACCGCUGCCACUCAGUGGUGGAAUUCAUCGAGCGCGCCAUCAUGCACUCCAAGAACGGCAAAUUCCUUUAUUUCCUCCGCUCCAGAGUUCCAGGGCUUCCACCCACUCCAGUUCAGCUGCUGUAUCCUGUGUCUCGCUUCAGCAACGUGAAGUCACUACAACACCUCUGUCGAUUCUGCAUCCGACAAAUAGUCCGCAUCGACCACAUUGAAGAGCUUCCACUGCCCAGACCACUGAUCUCCUACCUGAGUAAGUUUUAUUACUAUGACCCAGAGGAGGAGAUGUAUCUGUCAAUCAAGAGCAUCCGGAGGGUGGAGGUCGAGCAGGAAGCCGAGUCGCAGACGUAGCAGCAGAGAUCUCUGCAUCUCAAGUUUCUUAUGGAGGACUCAGGUGUACUGGCCUGCCGGUCUUCCACCAUCAGCCAAUCAGAGGCCCUGGAAGCGCGUAUCCAGUUAGACUGGGAUGGACCCUCCUCUGUGCUGAUUUGGACUAAUCAAAGGAGGGAUGUGUCUUUGCUGUUGAAUGGUGGUAAAAAUGCUGAAACUGUUGCUGAUGCAGAGGACUCGGUCAUGCCUGAGAAGGGACUGCAGAGACGUUCCCAUCUGAAAACAUGUUGGACCACGCUGAGAGAGUCUGAAUCAUGAACUCAACUUUCCUAUUUCCUGAACCUGCUGGACUUUUAAAACACAAUGCACUGGUCGAUUUGUACAACUGUUUGUUCGCAAUCAUUUCCAUGUUGUUCCUUCCAUUUUGUCAAAAUGAGGGAUUUUGGAAACGGGGAAGUCCAGAGGAGAGAUAUACACGCGGAGGUGGGGCAAAAGAGGGCGCAGCACUGAAAACAAGACCCCAAACUUUAUGUUGUCGGCAUUUGUCUAUCAUGCAGUUUGAAGAAAGGAACUUCUCUUUACUGAUAAAAAAAAUAACAUACCAGGCUCAGUAUGUAUCAUUUUCAGAAAAGUGGGCUCCUUACCAUAUUUGGUUUGUAAAUCAAUGAAUGGUAGUGAGUUUGUAGAGCUGAAGCAGGAGAUGGACUUUAUAAGAGCAGGAUUUUCACAUGCAGAAGUUGCAAAGGCUGUAAGGGAUUAUUUUACUUACAACAUAUUGGAUAUAUCAUUUCAGCAAAUAAUAGACUUGUUUCUCAAUGAUUGGAAUAUUUAAAAAAAAAAUAUAUAAAUAAAAUACAAUUUUUAAUAGAUUAUAAUUGCUCCUAAAUUGCUCACUAAAACAAAAUAGACAACCAAAACUGAGAUGUCUGGUUUAUGAUCGUGUUUAUAAUCAUAGAUACAUAUCUGAGAUAUGUAUCUAUGAUUAUAAGCAUGUUUAUGAUCGUAGAUAAGUAUGAUAGAUAGCCAACAUUUAAAUUUGUUGAUGUCAGUUACAUGUUUUGGCACUUUUUAGUUUAUAGGAAUUUCUUAUUUUUAAAAUGAUUGUAUUUUUUAAUUUUUAAUUUAAUUUUUUAAUUUUUUAUUUUUCUGUCAGGGCACCUUCUGAUUAAGUCAUAAUUCUAGUUUUAGAGCACAAAUCAGUCUCUUUGCGUUGGAGAAAAUAGUGAAAGUACAAUUCACAGUGUGAGUCGGGGGGCGCCCCCGAAGCGUCUGGAGGUCCGUCCGUCAGUCCGUCAGUCCGUCCUCAGCUUCACGUCUCCCUUCCUGCUGUCAUUAACACUGACUUUAGUGGUGCAUUAUUAAACAUCCCUUCUGGAUUUCUCUGUUUCGUUUUAAUAACUUGCUGAUAUUUAGGGCAAUUAAAACACCAAAGUAAUAGUGAGAAGCUUGAAUUCAUUUUGGUUCGGUUCUGUUCUUAGGAUAAGGUUCUAGCGAGUUGCUUCAGUUUUGUCAAACGAUGCCCCACCUCUCGCUGCGUACAUCGUCCUCGGUUGCUCCCUUUCUGUCAGUUUUAUUUGUUGAGAUGCUCAGAUGUAUUUUGCUCAUUCUCAGUACCUGAAGCUGGCCUCGGGCUCAGCGUUUUCAGUAAAAAGCAAAAAAGAGGAAAAAUAAAUAUUGGUCUGUGGCAUGUUUUUUUUCUUCAUUUUGAGUAUUUUUUAUAAAAAAAGAUUGAAAUUGGUAACUAUUUAAAAUAUUC